CAGGCGACCUCCUAGUCGUCCUUCUUGACACACACACACACCCUGCAUGUGGAUGCGUGCAUGAGCCAGACCUCGUCCUCGCUCCAACUCUCUCUCACCUCUACCCUGGGCUCUAGGCUCUUCUCUUCCUUCCACUCCUUAAAGCCCAAUACAUAGCAAUACCUACGGAUACAACUCAGCUCCUUUCUCAUUCCACAACGACUUGCCCAGGAGCAGCUCAACCCAGCCCCCCUUCCAAGUUCGUCGCCUUCACCCCCACCGCCGCCACGCUGCCACCAAUAGACGCCGUGUUCCGGAAACACCUGCCAUCUCUCUCGCUCACACAACAUACACAUACACCCACCUUCUCUCCAUCUCUUUCUCUCGCUCCCCUUAACACUUGUUUUAUUGAUUCACCGCUCAACUCCCUCCCGGCACUGCUCAACGCGCGGCUUGUUUUUCUUUCUUAUUCCCUCCUUUUUAUCUCCUUGGAAACUCGCCUCCUCGCCUGGUUCGCCUGGCUCUAGCCUCCGUGUGCCGACGGCCGCGUCCCCUGUGUCUACUCGUCAACUGUCUGUUCUCUCCUCUCCCCGUUGAGAAGGAAGAAUAAGAAAAACAAGUCCAAUUGUCCGCUCUCUCGCAUAGCCUGGCCCGCCGAAACCGUCGAUCAGCAUUGAGCCGAAACCCGCUGGACCCCAGCAAAGAGAACCACCCUCCGCCGACACUAGGCCUCUCGACACUCUUCGCUAUGCGCCUGCUGUAGACGCUCCAUUUCCGGCAAGCUGUGGAGCUACACCUAAUUUUCUCCUUUCCAGUAACCUUAUGCGAACCCGAGCCGCCUAGAAGCUCCCCUAACUUGCCGCUUUUCCGACUUCGAUUCAGCGACCACACUCCGACACGUCAAUAAAUCACCACAACCUCUACUUAACCCCCCUCUGCACCCAGUGCCCGCGACCACCGACAAGCCGACGAGCACGGCUUCGACACCUCCAGCGGCGCUACACCAGACAAUGGCAGGAUACCCGGGACAGCGCCCGUACGGCGGUGGUCCGCCCGCGCCUCGUCCCGGUCCCGGCCCUGCGCCCCCAUCGCGGGGUCCUCCUCCCCAGCAAUACGACAACUAUCAGCAAGACGCGUAUGGCUACGACUACUACGACGACGGAGGCUACGGCCCGGAAUACGGCGGCCAAUAUCAGGAUCCCAACUACGCCAGAGGCCCCCCGCCCCCGAAUCAAGGCUAUCCGCCGCAGGACUACUACGCUGGUGGCCCUGGGCCCAAUGGCCCCCCGAGAGGAGGACGACCGCCUCAAAUGGGAAGGGGCGGUCCCAUACCCCGUCCGCCAACGGCCGAUGGCACUCGCGGCGCACACCCGCCCCGGGGCGGACCAGGAGGCCGAGGAGGCUUCCCCAUGGGCCGAGGAGGUCGCCCUGCCCAGUACGAACGAUCGGCGAAUUCAGAGCCUACCCCCAAUCGCCACCGCCCGCAAGACCCAGGGCCAUUGAGCCCGCCCGGCCCCCAAGGCUUCGGUGGCGCUUUCCCGGCAUUCCCAGGGCAGGGUCGCAAGACGGACCUCGACGCGGAGGCCGCCAUUCUGAACAAGAUGGCCGGGAUGGACAUCGCUGGCAGUCAACGGCCUUCUGGUCCUCCCAACGGCAGAGCGCCACCACCGCGAGAUCCCCGCCGCGGUCCGGACCCAGGGUACGGACCCGACUUACGAGGCGACGGCUACGGUCCACCGGGACCCCCGAGAGACGACUUCGGUCCUCCUUCCAGGAGCAUGACGAUGCCCGUCAACGAUGGAUCGCAACGACGUGCGCCUCCGCCGCGCAUGGAUCCAUAUGGUGGCGGCCCUCCGGGGCCCCCGCGCAAUGGAGUACCCCCUCGACCUUCGACGGCCCAAGGAAACCGCCCCCCUCCCCAGCGCAUGUAUCCCCCGAAUCCGAUGCCGCAGCCGCCUCUGCACCAACCUCAGCAGCAGCACCACCAGCACCAGCAACCACCCCUUCAACAUGGCGGAUAUGGUGGAGAGUACGAUGGCGGCCAGGACCCAUACCGGGACACUAGAGCGUCUUUUGGCGAUGUCUACGAUGCGUAUUACCAUUCCACGCGCAUGAGCAACCAGAGCAACGCCAGCUACGCCCAGCACGACGUUCCCGACUUUAACGCGGCGCCAGCCAAUGGCACUCGCGGGUCUUUCGACCAGCACAUGAGGCCCGGCAUCGCCCAGCACACCCAGCCAGGUGCCAAGCGCGUGCCCGAGAUGAGCCGAACAAAGUCGCAACCCGAUUUGAGGCAAUCGCAGCAGGCCGUGUUCGAGAUGGCUGGCGAUGCCCCGCCUAUGCCACCGAUGGACAACGGGUACCAGGAAGCUUACAACGGACAGAACGGCUGGGACCAGCCGCAAAACCCCCAGAUGGGGCGUCCUGGUAUGCCCCAGGGCCCUUCACCCAACCGCGGCCCCGACAGUCUUCCAUCGCACCCAGCUCCCGUGCGACCUGGCCACAUGCCCAACUCGAUGGUCAACAUGAACGACAAGCCUGCGCCGAUCCGCAACUAUAGCGGCGCGUCCAACGUACCGACGCCUCCCGCGGGUCCUGGCGGUGGGCCCCCACCGCAGCAGCAAAUGCUGCCUCACCAACCGAGCAAGUCCUCGCUGCAAGACAUCACCACACCCGUUACCCAAGAGGAAUUGGAGCGAUUGCGGCAGACCAUCAAGUCGAACCCGAACGACCAGGAGUCCGCCUUGAGGCUGGCAAAGAGACUUGUGGAAGCUGCUGAUGUUCUGGCCCCUGCCCUCGCAGAUCCUAAGAUGAGGACCCGCGGCCGCGAGAGGUAUCUUGCCGAUGCCAACAAGAUUCUCAAGAAGCUUUCGAGCGCGCAAAACCCCGAGGCCAUGUUCUUCUUUGCCGAUUGCCUAGGUCGUGGCUUGUUCGGGCUGGAGCCCGAUAACAAGGAGGCCUUCACGCUGUACCAAUCGGCUGCUAAGCUCGGGCACGCGGCGGCGGCCUACCGGACGGCGGUGUGCUGCGAGAUUGGACACGAAGAAGGCGGCGGCACCAGAAAGGAUCCUCUGAAAGCGAUUCAGUGGUAUAAGAGAGCCGCUACUCUUGGAGACACGCCUGCCAUGUACAAGGUCGGCAUGAUCCUUCUGAAGGGCCUUCUCGGCCAGCAAAAGAACCCCCGCGAGGCUGUUGGAUGGCUGAAGAGGGCAGCUGAACGGGCUGAUGCCGAGAAUCCUCACGCCUUGCACGAGCUGGGCUUGUUGUACGAAUCGGCUGCCCCCAAUGAUGCAAUCAUCAAGGAUGAGGCGUACGCGUUUACGCUCUUCAGGCAGGCAGCUGAUCUUGGCUAUAAAUUCUCGCAGUACCGCCUGGGCUGUGCGUUCGAGUACGGCUUGAUGGGUUGCCCCGUGGAUCCCCGGCAGUCCAUCAUGUGGUACUCGCGUGCAGCCCAGCAGGGCGAGCAUCAAUCCGAGUUGUCGCUUAGUGGUUGGUAUCUCACCGGCAGCGAUAACGUCUUGCAGCAGAGCGACACGGAAGCGUAUUUGUGGGCCCGCAAGGCUGCUACAGCUGGUCUGGCAAAGGCUGAGUACGCGAUGGGCUACUUCACCGAAGUGGGUAUCGGUGUGCCGGCUAACAUGGAGGACGCAAAGCGUUGGUACUGGAGAGCGGCUGCCCAAGAUUUCCCCAAGGCCCGUGAGCGUCUCGAGGACCUCAAACGCGCCGGCAAAAGCGGUCCUCGUCAACGGGAGCGCAUCUCGCGCAGCAAGAUCGGCAAGCAACAGGAGGGCGAGUGCUCCGUCAUGUAGACGAAGAUCCGCGCCACACGCAUCAACUUCCCAUUUAAUACGAGCGGUCCGGGCUGGGCUCCUGUGUCGACCGCGACGAUGACCAUGAACAGAGGAUGAAGAGACGACGGCGCAACCACCCGUGUACUUGUACGGCAUCACACAACAUCGGAUGUACGACCUGCUCGGAACAGGAAAGAAAACGCCCCAGAAAGGAGGCAGGUGGAGAGCAAAGUUGCCCUGGCGUUCUGGAAUCAAGGGGAGUUUAACCUCCUUUCGUUGGAUUGGGUGGCAUUCAUAUAUCAUUCAUCUCCCAUAGGCCACGACACACAGAUGGUCGGAUGGGUGAGUCAUGCUACGUUAAAGUCUUGCUUCGCCCAAGAGCAGGCGGACAUGCUCACACAGUCCAUGUUUGGCGUUAAGCAUAUAUAAUUAUCCAUUCAUCUGCUACGGCC